AUGGAGACUGGCCUGUUCUUCAAUGUGUCAGGUUGUAGCACAUCAUACGCUAGCAAUGCAAAGCAGCCGUCGCGUCACGCACUCCCUUCGUAUCUCGUUUACGCGUGUCGAUUCUGGAUCGAACACCUGACGAUGUCGUCCAUCUCGGAGGAACAAGCGACUCAACAUGUCUGGGCUUUCUUUCGACAGCAGUUCCUAUACUGGUUGGAGGUGUUGAGUGUCUGUAACCACGCAGAUGUAGCCUCUUCACUGGUCAAGAGGCUGGAGGUCUGGCUCCGGGACAAGUACACCAAACGAAACACGGAGCGCACGGACGUGACACGGUGUCUACGACUUCUGCUGGACGCGAAUGACUUCCUCAUUCGCUUCCGGACGCCAAUUAUCCGCAGCGCACCACAUAUGUACAUCUCGGCUCUCGCAUUCACGCCUCCACAGUCGGAGAUCGGCCAGGCAUAUCACCGUCUGCUCAAGCGUGGACUGAAGAUGAUGGCGUCCGCCGCUGGAAUGCAAGGACGGGGGAGAAAAUUGGCCAGCCGCCGCAGGGACCUGACAUUCCGCAUUCUUGCCUCGCGCUCUCACCGGACGGAUCUCGCGCUGCGUCCUCGUCCGGGAGGAACUGCUAUGUCUGGGACACUACGUUGGAUCACCGCAUUGGACGGUGGCUCAAAGUACCUACGGAUACCACAUCCGUAA